GCUCCUCAGACCUCAGGGUCUUAGCUCCUGCUGCCUUGCUGAGGACCGCUCCUGCCUGCCAGGUGCUGGACUCACAGGUGGAGAGCGCCAGAAGCGGUGAACCCCAACCCCUAGGCCCUUGAGGCUUGGGACACCGCAAAGAUCAGGAGGUGGCUAGAAUGGGGAGCACGGGAGCUGGGCUGCUGUGGUCAUGCCUCCCGAUGCUGUUGGCCCUCCUGCACGAGUCAGGGAGUCAAGAUCUUACCUGCACGGUUUACGCAAGCAACGUGGACUGGACUCAGACAUUUAAUGACACCUGCCUCAAUUUCAGCGGCCUCGGCCUGUCCCUGCCACAGAGUCAGCCCUUGAAGGCCAGGCAUGCACAGGUCCUGGACCUGUCUAAGAAUAACCUUCGGGUGCUCCCUGGGGUCUUCUUUGCCAACCUGGAAAAGCUGCAAACCCUGAUUGUCACCCACAACCAUCUGGACAGUGUGGACGGGUCGCUGGCCCUACGCUGCGACCUGGAGCUCAGGGCAGACUGCAGCUGUGGUCUGGCCUCCUGGCAAAAUGUUCGGCAGAACAACUGUUCUGGGCAGCAGCAGCUGUGUCUACACCCAGUUACGGCAGCUCCCAGGAACCUCUCCACCUUCCUCCAGGUCAGCUGUCCCCCAGGCUGGGCCCCGGGGUCCAUUGGCGCCCUUGUUGCUGGGACUAUCUUCCUGGCUUUGGCUGUUGGUGGAUCUGUGCUGGCCUGGAGGCUUCGUCGCCGACAUGUCGGUAAGCAGGGUCUCAGCAAAGUCCAGAAUUCACACGAUGGCCCCACACCAGUGACAGACUUCUUGCCAAGGUACAGCAGCCGGCAGCCUCGUCCCAAGGCCCCAGACUUGCCACCCAACAGGUCCACGAUGGAUUAUGAGAAUGUCUUCAUUGGCCAGGCAGCCGAGGAUUGUUCAUGGUCUGCAGCCAGAAGCUGCCCUUCUGGAGACAAUGACUGCUACAUGAACUACAGGAGUGUCGACCUGGACCCUCAGCCCGUCUAUUGCAACCUGGAGUCCCUGGGGCGGGCCCCAUUGGAGGACGAUGAGCGUGUGGUUUCCUGGCGCUGAGCCGGGUCUGGCCCACAGGGACAGACAUUUAACCUGAGAAUCCGUUCCCCGCAGUACCCCCCGCCCCGCUCCCGCACGCCCAACAUCACGGGGAGCAGGAAGACUCCCAAAGAGGAAGAAAGAUCAGCAACAACCCUCCGGUCAGUGCGCAUGCAGAUGGUGCUCCAUAAAUGCUCUGGGCCACGUGGAACUCUGAGCAGGACUGACCGGUGAUUUCCGGAAAGUCCGAACUUUAUCUGAAUUCACAGUUCUGCUCGCUCUGUGUCCCCUCUGCCUGCUGCUCACCCACCAGCCACUCAGACUCCAUAGGAGGCAUUCCUGCCUUCUCAGCCCUUAGGGAUCUUUCCCCUCCCUUCCUCUCCGCUUCACUCCCCUCCUCUCUCCUACUCGGGUCAUCCGGAAGCCCCGAGAGGUCACAACAUGGUCUUCAUCCGUUCCUCCUCCCACCCCUUAUCUUCCUUCCCUUCCCCACCCUCAAGAUUCCCGGGUUCCCGAUCCUAGGUCUGGGCUCCAGCCUAUGUGGCUCUCCCUGCCUCUCUGUCUCCCUGUGUCCCCUUUUCUUUCCUUUUGUCCUUCCCACCAGGAUUUACUGCUCACCAGAGUACACUUAAGGCUCCUUCAGUGCUGUGGUGGCUCCAGGUUGUUACUUUGACAGAAUCUGGAUUUAAACCCAAAACUGGAGGGCGCACACACACCUGUGAGCGACUUCUGCUUACUUUAAAAUGGGAAAAUCUCUUCUCUCUCUCUCUCUCUCUCUCUCUCUCUGUGUGUGUGUGUGUGUGUGUGUGUGUGUGUGUGUGUGUGGGUGUGUGUGUGUGUAGCCCUGGGUGUUCAGGAACUCACAGAGAUCGUCCUGUCUCUACUCCGGGCUCAGACUAAACUGACGGUGGAAGAUGCACUUCUUGUCUGGACCUUUGAGAGAAAGCAUAUGCCCUGCUUUUGAUCCUGAAUUUUUAAAGUGGGCAGACUCGCCUUUAAUCUGGGCCUCACCCUCGGCUGGGAACCUACAUAAGGACAAUGGAAGAAGAGCUUUUGCGCUUUGCUUGCUGGCACAUCCAUUCCUUCACUGGCACUGGAGCUCCCUUCAAGACUCCAGCACAUACUGAAGAGCAGCCGAGACACCCAGUCUUGUUGACUGAGCAGCCACUGGCUUCUUACACUUUUCAUUCCCAGCCAGCCGUUGUCGGACUAUCUGGAUUGCAGAGGCCCCCUGAUUCUGGGAUGUUAGGCCUGGCUUGAAAUGGGGAUGGGAGGAAUGUCCAGAGGGAACCUAGAAGGGCGCUGAAGCAGAGGCUGCAGCAAUGAACUGCUGACUGUCCUGCUCCUCCUUGCGGCUCAAACAUGGCAGGACCACCAGGCCCUGGCUGGUCACUCACAUCAGCUGUCAGUCAAUAAAAUCACCCCAGGCCAGCCUAAUGGAGGCCCGUCCUCUGCUCCACUUCUCAGGUGACAAGGGAAACUGAGGCUAGGGUGAUGGGAAUCAUGCCGAGAUCACUGAGACGCCGCAUAGAAACCAAGCUCACCUUUAUUAGCAGAGUUUUAAAUAAAUACACAAUCCACCCACCCAGCCCAACCCCAAUAAAUUAAUAAUAUUAUUAAAUAAAAAUAUAAAUAGCAUCAUGGAAGGGGAGUGUAGGUAAGGAGCAGGGCCCAGUGCUCAAGCGCAGUGGCAGCCCUGGGCUACCAGAUCAUCAUAAGUCUGCAGUGACACGCCGCUGUCUGUCCUGUGCAUAAGAACCACCGGGGUGUAGCUGGAGGGGACACAGCACGGGGCCGGCACUCUGUCGGGCUGCAGGCCAUGCAGGCGUGCUUUGAUCUGCGCAUGCGUGUUGGCCGACCGGUAGAGGUGGGGGCACUCGCCCACGCACAUGCUCAGUUGCAGCUGACGCGGGGACAGUACCCAGUCGCUCCAACCUAGGUCCUCGAGAGUUGCCUGCACAGUCUCCAGGUGACAGCAGCGCCCGGGACCCAGCGGGCACGAGUCUCUUGGGUGCAAAUGCGCGCUUCGGCGCCCCCUGCCGGCGGCCGAUCGUAAGUGCAGUUCCAGGCGCGCGCCGCCAGAGGGCAGCACGGCUAGGUCGGGAGGCGGCGCCAGGCGCAAGCGCAGUGCGCGAGCGUGGGGUCCCUGGAGGCUGAUCGCACGUUGCAGGGGCCUGGUGAUGUCCCAGGGCCUGGACGAAGGCGUCAGCAGGAGCAGCGCUCGGUGCACGCGGUAGGCUUCGGGGAGACCCUGAGUCAGCGACGCCCGGUUGACGCGGAGCAGCAGCCGGCCGUGGGACCCCAAUCGCACUGCAGAAGAAACCAGAACGCCCGUUACUCAUGUGCUCAGUAUGUGCCAGGCACAGGUGUGUCCGUGUGCAAAUGUGCCACUCCCACCCACCACAGGGCCUUUGCACAGAUGUUAAACAUAUGUAGCCCAAGGUCUCUCAGGGUAGCCCUGGUUCUCAGUGUAGUUAAAUAAAUGUAACUCUCGAUGUAAGCCAGGCUAGCCUCGAACUCAGAGAUCUGCCUGCCUCUGUCUCCCAAGUGCUGGGAUUAAAGACUUCCACCAGCACCUUCUGGUUAAAAGCUGAUUUUGCUCUUAGCAACAGGGAGAUCUCUAAGGUCUGCCCUGUGGAGUACUUCUCAAACCUUUCCCCAAACCUCUGAAUAAAGUGUUUUAA